UCGGAUUGCUUCGAAAUAUGGUCCAAAACAGAGCUCCAGCCUCGAAAAUAUACAAUCAUCGGUUAGUUCUUUAACUCUCAACCUCAAUUGGGCGAGGUAGACGGCGCCGAAUUUCCCAUUCGCAUUAAGAACGCAUCAACAUCCCGCCGUCCAUACUCUACUGGAACACGCUUGUUUCAUGCAUGUUAAGAGCACACUUGUCGACUAUAUGAAGUGCUUUCGGGAAGUCGAGCAGCUAGGAUCUGACUAGAGCAAGAGCGGCAGCAGUGUGCGAGCGAUCCUUGCUGCUUGAGCUGGGCAUGUGAAAAGGUGGCAACUGUGGAAAAGCAGAGUCUUGUCGAGCAGAAGCUUUGUGUAAUUGAGUGCGCGGAAGCCUGUGGAGUAUCAGAUUCAUCGAAAAAUGAAGACCAACGUGAGUUACGGAAGUUGGCCAUCAGCUUCAGCACCAUCGUUUGUUCCAGUCGUGAGGUCUCUUGGAUUCACGAGUGCGGGUAUCGCCGCUGGGAGCUGGGCAGCUGGACACAUGUCCUCGUACGGAGGGGUAGUGAUCAUUGGUCAACCUGGUCAAACUGGCUCUGGUGUGCAAAUUGGAGAAGUUAGUGUCAGAUGGGAGAGCAUUUUCAUGAUAUGAGUAGAAGGCCUUGUCGAUGUUUUGAUCACGCCUUUGUCUUUGGGUCGGUGACUUUUUUCCGUGGUUACGAUGUGAACGGUCAUUUUGUUGUUGUCGACCGUACGGGGAGUGUAUGCAGCUUUAGACUGUUUCCAAUGCUAUAGCAUUAGGUGCGGUGUCUGGCACGAUGACUAGGCAUGUAGCUGGAUCCGAUCUGCAUCCGAGUGCUGCGGUUGACUGCAAGCUGUCAUUGAUCGCUCUUAGCAGUUUGCAUGGGUCUGUCUAUUCUCAAGCUCAUCAGGGGCCAAUUGAGUUGUGUCACUCCGAAAUAAAAUGGA